AUGACGGGGAAAGCGGGGGAAGCGCUGAGCAAGCCCAAAUCUGAGACAGUGGCCAAGAGUACCUCGGGGGGCGCCCCGGCCAGGUGCACAGGUUUUGGCAUCCAGGAGAUCCUAGGCUUGAACAAGGAGCCUCCUAGCUCCCACCCGCGGGCUGCCCUCGACGGCCUGGCCCCGGGGCACUUGCUGGCUGCGCGCUCCGUGCUCAGUCCGGCAGGAGUGGGCAGCAUGGGGCUGCUGGGGCCCGGGGGACUUCCCGGCUUCUACGCACAGCCCACCUUCCUGGAAGUGCUGUCCGAUCCGCAGAGCGUCCACUUGCAGCCACUAGGCAGAGCGUCGGGGCCACUGGACACCAGCCAGACGGCCAGCUCGGAUUCCGAAGAUGUUUCCUCCAGUGACCGAAAAAUGUCCAAAUCGGCUUUAAAUCAGACCAAGAAACGCAAGAAGCGGCGACACAGGACAAUCUUUACUUCCUAUCAGCUAGAGGAGCUGGAGAAGGCGUUCAAUGAAGCCCACUACCCAGAUGUCUAUGCCCGGGAGAUGCUGGCCAUGAAAACGGAACUGCCAGAAGACAGAAUACAGGUUUGGUUCCAGAACCGCAGAGCCAAGUGGAGGAAGAGAGAAAAGUGCUGGGGCAGGAGCAGCGUCAUGGCUGAGUACGGGCUCUACGGGGCCAUGGUCCGGCACUCCAUCCCCCUGCCUGAGUCCAUCCUCAAGUCUGCCAAGGACGGCAUCAUGGACUCCUGUGCCCCGUGGCUACUGGUUCAAGAUGGCUUUCCCAGGCGCUUUUCUAAACCCGAAUACCAACAAUUCUUUUUAGGGAUGCACAAAAAGUCGCUGGAGGCAGCAGCUGAGUCGGGAAGGAAGCCUGAGGUGGAACGGCAGACCCUGCCCAAGCUCGACAAGAUGGAGCAGGAGGACAGGGCUCCAGAUGCCCAGGCAGCCAUCUCCCAGGAGGAACUGAGGGAGAACAGCAUUGCGGCCCUCAGAGCCAAAGCUCAGGAGCACAGCACCAAGGUUCUGGGGACUGUGUCAGGGCCGGACAGCCUGGCCAGGAACGCUGAGAAGCCAGCAGAGGAGGAAGCCAUGGAUGAAGAUAGGCCAGCAGAGAAGCUCAGCCCACCACAGCUGGAGGACAUGGCUUAG